ACAGUGAUGGGAUUCCAUGGUCAGAAGAAAGGGUGGUACGUAAAGUCCUUUACUUAUCUCUGAAGGAGUUCAAGAAUGCUCAGAAGAGACAGCAUGGUGAAGGCAUUGCUGGGAGCCUGAAAACAGUAAAUGGGCUCCUUGGUAAUGGCCAGUCUAAGGGAUUAGGACCAGCAUCAGAACAGUCAGAGAAUGAGAAGGAUGAUGCAUCCCAAGUGUCCUCUACUAGCAACGAUGUUAGUUCUUCAGAUUUUGAAGAAGGGCCGUCGAGGAAAAGGCCCAGGCUGCAAGCACAAAGGAAGUUUGCUCAAUCUCAGCCGAAUAGUCCCAGCACAACUCCAGUAAAGAUAGUGGAGCCAUUGCUACCCCCUCCAGCUACUCAAAUUUCUGACCUCUCUAAAAGGAAGCCUAAGACAGAAGAUUUUCUUACCUUUCUCUGCCUUCGAGGUUCUCCUGCGCUGCCCAACAGCAUGGUAUAUUUCGGAAGCUCUCAGGACGAGGAGGACGUUGAGGAGGAAGAUGAUGAGACAGAAGACGUCAAGACAGCCACCAACAAUGCUUCAUCUUCAUGCCAGUCAACCCCCAGGAAAGGAAAAACCCACAAGCACGUCCACAAUGGGCACGAUACAGGUGUAGAGAUGACCCGUGAAAUUCCACAUAAACUGGAAUAUUACCUAGUUGUGGAAUGGUGGCACAUUGACCACCAGUUUGAGGGUCCACUUCGGGAUAACUGGGAACCACAGGGUAGCCCUUGUCCCUGUGUAGUGUCUCUGUGUGGAGGAGUUGCCUUCUUGGCAGGUACUAAUUCUGUUUUUGUUGUUUUAUUUUUGUCCUCUGCCUCUCCUGCCGCCUCCCAGGUUUCGAAGGUAAAUGGAGUCACUCGAAUGUCAUCUCUGGGUACAAGUGCAACCAGUGCCAAAAAGAUGCGCGAAGUCAGACCUUCACCGUCCAAAACUGUGAAGUACACUGCAACCGUGACUAAGGGGACUGUCACAUACACCAAAGCCAAGAGAGAACUGGUCAAGGAAACCAAACCCAAUCACCACAAGCCCAGUUCAGCUGUCAACCACACAAUCUCAGGGAAAACUGAAAGUAGCAAUGCAAAAACCCGCAAACAGGUGCUAUCCCUCGGGGGGGUGUCCAAGUCCACCGGGCCUGCCGUCAACGGCCUCAAGGUCAGUGGCCGGUUGAACCCAAAGUCAUGCACUAAGGAGGUGGGGGGGCGGCAGCUGCGGGAGGGGCUGCGGAAUUCCAAGAGGAGACUGGAAGAGGCACACCAGGCGGAGAAGCUGCAGUCGCCCCCCAAGAAGAUGAAAGGGGCUGCCGGCUCUGCCGAAGCCCCUGGCAGGAAGGCAGCGGCGGCCUCAGCCCCGGCCCAGGCCCCAGCCCCGGCUCAGGCCCCAGCGGAGAAAGCUCUGCUGAAUGGACACAUGAAGAAGGAGGUGCCCGAGCGGAGCUUGGAGAGGAACCGGCCGAAGCGGGCUGCAGCCGGGAGGAGCACGCUGGGCAGACAAGCACAUGGCAAGGCGGAUGGCGCCUCCUGUGAAAAUCGUUCUACCUCGCAAUCGGAGCCCUUGCACAAGCCGCAGGAGGCGGCGGCCAAGCCCGAGAAGGGGUCCGGCCGGGUCGGGUGGGCGGCCAUGGACGAGAUCCCCGUGCUCAGGCCGUCAGCCAAGGAGUUCCACGACCCACUCGUCUACAUCGAGUCGGUGCGCGCUCAGGUGGAGAAGUAUGGCAUGUGCAGGGUCAUCCCCCCUCCGGACUGGCGGCCCGAGUGCAAGCUCAACGACGAGAUGCGGUUCGUCACGCAGAUUCAGCACAUCCACAAGCUGGGCCGGCGCUGGGGCCCCAACGUGCAGCGGCUGGCCUGCAUCAAGAAGCACCUCAGAUCUCAGGGCAUCACCAUGGACGAGCUCCCGCUCAUAGGAGGCUGCGAGCUCGACCUGGCCUGCUUUUUCCGGCUGAUUAACGAGAUGGGUGGCAUGCAGCAAGUGACUGACCUCAAAAAAUGGAACAAACUCGCAGACAUGCUGCGCAUCCCCAAGACUGCCCAGGACCGGCUGGCCAAGCUCCAGGAGGCCUACUGCCAGUACUUGCUGUCCUACGACUCCCUGUCCCCCGAGGAGCACCGCCGGCUGGAGAAGGAGGUGCUGAUGGAGAAGGAGAUCCUGGAGAAGCGGAAGGGGCCCCUGGAGGGCCACACGGAGCAGGACUACAACAAGUUCCACCCCCUGCCCCGCUUUGAGCCCAAGAACGGGCUCAUCAAUGGUGUGGCCCACAGGAACGGCUUUCGCAGCAAGCUCAAGGAGGUGGGCCAGGCCCAGCUCAAGACAGGCCGGCGGCGACUCUUUGCUCAGGAAAAGGAAGUGGUGAAAGAAGAGGAAGAGGACAAAGGCGUCCUCAGUGACUUCCACAAGUGUAUAUAUAAGGGAAGGUCUGUUUCUUUAACAACCUUUUAUCGAACAGCAAGAAACAUCAUGAACAUGUGCUUCAGCAAGGAGCCUGCGCCAGCUGAAAUUGAGCAAGAGUACUGGAGGCUCGUGGAGGAGAAGGACUGCCACGUGGCGGUGCACUGCGGCAAGGUGGACACCAACACGCACGGCAGCGGGUUCCCCGUGGGGAAGUCAGAACCGUUUUCAAGGCAUGGAUGGAACCUCACCGUCCUCCCCAAUAACACAGGGUCCAUCCUGCGCCACCUCGGUGCUGUGCCUGGAGUGACAAUUCCCUGGCUAAAUAUUGGCAUGGUCUUUUCUACCUCAUGCUGGUCUCGAGACCAAAACCACCUUCCCUACAUCGACUACUUACACACUGGUGCUGACUGCAUUUGGUAUUGCAUUCCUGCUGAGGAGGAGAGCAAGCUCGAGGACGUGGUGCACACCCUGCUGCAAGCCAACGGGACCCCAGGGCUGCAGAUGCUGGAGAGCAACGUCAUGAUCUCCCCGGAGGUGCUGUGCAAAGAAGGCAUCAAGGUGCACAGGACCGUGCAGCAGAGCGGCCAGUUCGUCGUCUGCUUCCCAGGAUCCUUUGUGUCUAAAGUGUGCUGCGGCUACAGCGUCUCUGAGACCGUGCACUUUGCCACCACCCAGUGGACAAGUAUGGGCUUCGAGACGGCCAAGGAAAUGAAGCGCCGCCAUAUAGCGAAGCCGUUUUCCAUGGAGAAGUUACUCUACCAGAUUGCACAGGCGGAAGCGAAAAAGGAGAACGGCCCCACUCUCAGUACCAUCUCGGCCCUUCUGGACGAGCUCAGGGAUACGGAGCUGCGGCAGCGGAGGCAGCUGUUCGAGGCCGGCCUCCACUCCUCUGCCCGCUACGGCAGCCACGACAGCAGCAGCACUGUGGUGGACGGGAAGAAAAAGCCUCGAAAGUGGCUGCAGUUGGAGACCUCAGAGAGGAGGUGUCAGAUCUGCCAACAUUUGUGCUACCUGUCCAUGGUGGUUCAGGAGAACGAGAACGUGGUGUUCUGCCUGGAGUGUGCCCUGCGCCACGUGGAGAAGCAGAAGUCGUGCCGAGGGCUGAAGCUGAUGUACCGCUAUGAUGAGGAACAGAUCAUCAGCCUGGUCAAUCAGAUCUGUGGCAAGGUCUCUGGUAAGAACGGCAGCAUGGAGAACUGUCUCAGUAAACCGACACCAAAAAGGGGGCCCCGCAAGAGAGCAACGGUGGACGUGCCACCCUCCCGGCUGGCGUCCUCCAGCUCCUCCCGGAGUGCAGCGAGCUCGUCCUGAAGCUGCCCACACCGCGGCCGAUUGAGAUCUAUUUUUUGUAAUUAUUAUAUUCUAGUUUGGAGUACUUGCUGUAGGAUACAAGCUGUCUUUGCACUAGCUCUAAAGAAGAUUUUCUUCUGGUUUUAGAGAACUAAUUUUGUUUUAGCAUUAAACUCUUGAACUUUUUUUUUGUACUUAGAAUACCUAGAUACUGCAGUCAGAUUUUUGAAACUGCCGUAUAUUCACUGUUUUAAAACCCUUGAGGGGCUGUAUUAAUUUGUAUCGCCCCUGUGGCUGACAAAAGCCUUUUUGUUUGAUUUUUUUUUUUUUUGUAACUGUUGGGGAAAAAAGGAUUUUUUUAACCCAUUUUUGAAGAGGGUGAAGUUUGGAGAACAAAUUUUAAAACUUUCAGUCAUGUGAGAUUUUUCUAGAGAGAAAAGGGGUAGGACACACACACACACAAGAAACUUGAAAAGAAAUGGCUUUACUUUGGCUGUCUUUUCUUCAGUCAUGUGCAAGAUGAGUUUGUAACUUUUAAAAUCGGAGAACCCCAUUUUGUUUCUCUGGGCGGUUGUGGCAGCUGAAGGCGGACAUUGUUUCCUAACCAUAGACAAAAUGAGGAGAUUUGAGUGACGAGGUUCUCCUUACCAGCACAUCACUAUGCAUCUAAGGAAAAAAGAAGAGAGAGAAGAAAAAGACUGCCUGUCUCGGAGGGGUCCCGUGUGGAAACCUGUGCCUGAUUUCAUUAGGAAAUCCAUUCUGUUAUUUUUUUGGUGCUGUUGGCUACUUUAUCAAAAAACCCUUCAAUAGCAUCCUUAAGGGAAGAAAAAGAAAAAAAAGUGAUUGAAGCCGUAAGUGCUUCUUUGUCAUAGACGUGCAAUCUUUCUAACAUUCCAUCUCAUCUCACUGCUUGUUUCACACCUCACAAGUCAGCAUUAAUCUUCUUGUUAAAUUUGUUUCGUUUAGGAUCAUACUUAGAGCCACUAGGAGGUCUGCAGUUCUUUUUGAAUGUGAAAAUGCAUUUGUGCUCAUCUUGUCUAUUUUUCUCUUCAUGUUGUAACAAAAAGAAAAAAAAAAGAAUCCCAUCCUUUUGUACAUAUGCCUGUAAAUUGUUUUAAAUACUUGAGCCUUUUUCUCAGUGGGCGUGGGGAGGGGGGUGAGAAGACAAGAUGAAGAAAAGCCUUACAUUUCAGUUUCUUCAUCGGUUGGAUUGGAUGCUUACAGGGUUUUUCUUGUAACAUUUAUAAGUGCUGCUUACAUCACUGAACAACAACACAAAAAUAAUAAUGGAGUAGCUGUUGCCCUUCUCCAGUUGUGUGUACAGUAUGUGUGGAAUAAAGAAGGGAAACUGUUUUCACAA